GCUAUGUAUAUAUACCCAUACAUAAAUACCUUAACUGGAAACAAAAACCCUUCCUCUCCAUUCUGCAGCUUUCUUGCACCGCAAAGAUGAGGAAGAAGGUAGACGAGCGCAUCAGAACCCUAAUCGAAAAUGGAGUCAAAACCAAACACCGUUCCAUGUUAUUCAUUAUCGGCGACAAGUAUCACAACCAGCUUGUUAGUCUCCACCAUUUGCAUAGUAAAGCAUUGGUUAAAGCCAGACCUUCAGUUCUUUGGUGCUAUAAAAACAAACUAGAUAUCAGCAGUAACAAGGGAAAACGUGCAAAGCAGCUGAAGUUGAACAUGCAAAGAGGAUUAGUAGAUCCUGAAAAGGUUGAUGCUUUUUCUCUUUUUCUUGAAAGUGCAGGAAUAACAUACUGCAUGUACAAAGAUUCAGAGAGAGUGCUUGGUAAUACCUUUGGCAUGUGCAUACUACAGGAUUUUGAAGCAUUGAGACCGAAUUAUCUGGCAAGAACUAUAGAAACUGUGGAGGGCGGAGGAUUAGUUAUUAUACUCCUGCAUUCUCUUUCCUCACUUACAAGUUUGUGCACCAUGGUUAUGGAUGUUCAUGAGAGAUUUCGCACAGAAUCCCAUUCUGAGGCUGCUGGACGCUUCAAUGAACGCUUUUUGUUAUCAAUUGCUUCGUGCAGAGCAUGUGUUGUGAUGGAUGAUGAACUGAAUAUAUUACCUAUUUCAUCUCAUAUAAGGUCAAUUAGUCCUGUUCAAGUUAAAGAGGACUCUGAAGGUCUUUCAGAGGCUGAGCGUGAUUUAAAGAAUUUGAAAGAGGAACUCAAUGAGGACUUUCCUGUGGGUCCUUUGACUAAGAUGUGUUGCACUCUCGAUCAGGGAAAAGCAGUCAUUACCUUUCUUGAUGCUAUCUUGGAUAAGACUCUCCGUAGUACUGUUGCGCUGCUUGCUGCUCGUGGCCGUGGUAAAUCGGCUGCACUUGGUUUGGCUGUUGCUGGAGCUGUUGCUGCUGGGUAUUCUAAUAUCUUUAUAACCGCACCAAGUCCUGAAAAUUUGAAGACCUUGUUUGAGUUUGUCCGCAAGGGAUUUGGUUCAUUGGAUUACAAGGAACACAUUGACUAUGAUGUAGUCAAGAGCUCUAAUCCUGAAUUUAAGAAAGCCACCGUGCGGAUCAAUAUCUAUAAGCAACAUAGACAAACAAUCCAGUAUAUACACCCAUUUGAACAUGAAAAACUGUCUCAAGUUGAACUUUUGGUUGUCGAUGAAGCAGCAGCUAUUCCUUUACCAGUCGUGAAAUCUCUUUUGGGACCAUAUCUUGUCUUCAUUUCAUCUACAGUGAACGGUUAUGAAGGUACUGGUCGAUCAUUAUCGUUGAAACUUCUGCAGCAAUUGGAGGAGCAAAGUCAAAUUUCCAAGAACGUCGACAGUUCUCUUUCUGGGCGGAUUUUCAAGAAGAUUGAAUUGAGUGAAUCUAUUAGAUAUGCCUCUGGUGACCCUAUUGAAUCUUGGCUUAAUGGGUUACUCUGUUUGGAUGCUGCAAACUACAUUCCCAAUAUUGCCAGGCUGCCUCCUCCCAAAGAAUGUGAUCUCUAUUACGUUAAUCGUGACACCCUUUUCUCAUAUCAUAAAGAUAGUGAAUUGUUUCUACAGCGGAUGAUGGCUUUGUAUGUUGCAUCUCAUUACAAAAACUCUCCUGAUGACCUACAAUUAAUGGCUGAUGCUCCAGCACAUCACCUUUUUGUGCUGCUUGGUCCUGUUGAUGAGUCCAAGAACCACCUUCCUGAUAUUUUAUGUGUGAUUCAGGUCUGUCUUGAAGGUCAGAUCUCUCGAAAAUCUGCUAUAAAAAGUCUAAGUCAUGGACGUUCACCUCAUGGGGACCAAAUUCCAUGGAAAUUUUGUGAACAAUUUCGAGAUACUGUCUUUCCCAGCCUCUCAGGUGCACGUAUUGUGCGAAUAGCUACUCAUCCCAAUGCUAUGCGGCUUGGGUAUGGUUCGGUUGCUGUGGAACUGCUGACAAGAUACUUUGAAGGACAUUUGACUUCCAUCUCUGAAUCAGAAGAUGAACUUAAUGUUGACGAGACACCUGUCAGUAUUGUUGAAGCAGCACAAAAGAUUUCAUUGUUAGAGGAAAAGAUUAAACCCAGAGCAAACCUUCCUCCUCUGCUUGUGCAUCUUCGUGAAAGACGUGCUGAGAAAUUACAUUACCUUGCUGUGUCCUUUGGACUUACACUAGACCUCUUCCGAUUUUGGAGGAAGCACAAAUUUGUUCCUUUCUAUAUUGGUUCGAUACCGAAUGCUGUGACUGGAGAGCAUACUUGCAUGGUUCUAAAAGCAUUACAUAAUGAUGAUAUUGAAGCUGAUGCUUCUGAUCAAUUCGGAUUUGUGGGGCCGUUUUAUCGAGAUUUCAAACGAAGGUUUAGUAGGUUACUUGGGUCCACAUUUCGUUCCAUGGAGUACAAGCUUGCCAUGAGUGUCUUGGACCCAAAAAUCAAUUUUGCAGACUCUGAAAUAGCAGAUUCGGACAUGGAAGGAUUUUUGAAGUUUGUAAAGGAGUAUAUAUCACCUCAUGACAUGAAACGACUGCAAGCUUACACAGACAAUCUUGCUGAUUUUCGCCUGAUCAGCGACAUUAUUCCUAUCCUUUCUCAUUUGUACUUCCAAGAGAGGAUCCCAGUCUCAAUAUCAUUGGCUCAAGCAUCAGUUUUGCUCUGCAUUGGCUUGCAGAAUCAGGACAUCUCUUAUACUGAGGGUCAAAUGAAAUUAGAAGGGCAGCAGAUAUUGUCGUUGUUCAUAAAAGUGAUGAAAAAGUUCCAUAAAUACCUAUAUGGUAUUGCUUCCAAGGACAUUGAAUCAACCCUACCUCGUCUAAAAGAAAUUGCAAUGAAACCACACGAUAUAACAGUGGAUGAGGAUUUAGAAAAUGCAGCGAACCAGGUGAAGGAGGACAUGAAGGCUAAAUCUGAGGCAUUGUUGGAUCCUGAGUUGCUUCAACAGUUUGCGGUUGAGGCUGAUUCCGAGAAAGCACUUAAGAGUGGUGGUGUGAAGUUAUCCGCUAGUGGCUUAAUCAGUGUAAAAUCCAGCAAAGGUAAGCCAGAAAAGCAAAGCAAGGUCAGUGGUAGUAAGAAUGAAAAGAAAAGGAGCAAAGACGAGCGUGGCAACAAAUCUAGCAAAAGGAGGAAAUCAUAAGUGGCGGAUUGAGGAGAGAAGUUUAUACGAGACGGUAGUUUGCAUAUUUAUACCCAGCAUUGUCUCAUUGGUGAUGACUAGUUUAGUCUCUGGAUGCCUUUGCUAGAACGAACGCAUGGGAGAGUUCCCUCUCGUUGAAUUAUUUGCAAAGGGUACACACGACUCUCCAAAUUCCUUCCAAGUACGUAUCACUUGGCAUUGGGGUGACGUGUUGUGUUAGUAAAGUUGCUUCAGUCCUUGAUGGGCUCUGCUAACGAUUACAAUUUUUUGUCCCAAGUGAUUUGUACAGAAUUUUGUUUAGUAAGUAUAGCUUAUCUAGGGGAUAUGAUAUGAUUACUGCCAUUUGUUUUUUUUGUCUUAUGUAAUAGACUUUGCUUAGUUGCAUAUUAAUAACUUGUGGCAUGCAUUGGUUUCUUUAUACUGGACUAGAUAUUAAAAUUUGAUCAUUAAUUUGAUGUUGAAAA